AUGCACGCUGGAGAGACUUUCAGGUUUUGUAUCUAUUUAAAGCAAGGGUGGUACUGGGAGGGAGCAGCGUUUAUCCCCGUUUCACAGGGCAAGCUUGAUGAUUACCAGGAUCGAAUGAACAAGGGGGAAAGACUUAACCAAGAUCAACUGGAUGCAGUGUCUAAGUACCAGGAAGUGACAAAUAACUUGGAGUUUGCAAAAGAACUGCAGCGGAGUUUCAUGGCCCUGAGCCAAGAUAUUCAGAAAACAAUAAAAAAGACAGCCCGGCGGGAACAGCUGAUGCGGGAGGAAGCAGAACAAAAGCGUUUAAAGACUGUCCUUGAGCUCCAAUUUGUUCUGGAUAAGUUAGGUGACGAUGACGUCCGUAGUGACCUGAAGCAAGGUGUCAAUGGUGUGCCCAUACUGAGUGAAAAUGAAAUGGCAGUUCUGGAUGACUUCUAUAAGCUUGUCCAGCCGGAGCGAGACAUGAGCAUGAGGCUAAAUGAACAAUAUGAACAAGCAUCCAUUCAUCUGUGGGACUUGUUGGAGGGAAAGGAAAAACCGGUGUGUGGAACAACCUACAAAGUCUUAAAGGAGCUGGUUGAACGCAUUUUCCAGACCAGUUACUUUGAUAGCACCCAUAACCAUCAGAAUGGCUUGUGUGAGGAAGAAGAGACAGCUGCUCUGCCGGCAGGGGAAGACCAGGCAGCAGAAGCUGAAGUUGAGCCAGCAGAAGAAUACCCUGAACAAAAUGAAGUUGAGUCAACAGAGUAUGUAAAUAGACAGUUUAUGGCAGAGACUCAGUUCAGCAACAGUGAAAAGGAACAGGUAGAUGAAUGGACAGUUGAAACAGUUGAGGUGGUAAAUUCACUUCAGCAGCAGCCACAAGCCGCAUCUCCCUCUGUGCCAGAGGCCCACUCUUUGGCUCCAGUGGCUCAGGCUGAUCCUCUCGUGAGAAGACAACGAGUACAGGACCUCAUGGCACAAAUGCAGGGGCCCUAUAAUUUCAUACAGGAUUCCAUGCUGGACUUUGAAAGUCAGACACUUGAUCCUGCCAUUGUAUCUGCGCAGCCUAUGAAUCCAUCCCAGAGCAUGGACAUGCCUCAGCUUGUCUGUCCUCCAGUUCACACUGAAUCUAGACUUGCUCAGCCUAAUCCAGUUCCUGUACAGCCAGAAGCUACACAGGUACCUUUGGUUUCAUCAACUAGUGAGGGAUACACCACAUCCCAGCCCAUGUACCAGCCUUCUCAUGCCAGUGAGCAGCGACCUCAGAAAGAAUCCAUUGACCAGAUUCAGGCUGCGAUGUCACUGACUGCAGACCAGGCCCCGGCAUCCUCACCCCUUCCUGCUGCUUCUCAGCCCCAGGGAUUCCCAGCUGGAUCAAGCAAACCCUUACACAGCAGUGGCAUCAAUGUCAACGCAGCUCCAUUCCAGUCCAUGCAAACGGUAUUCAAUAUGAAUGCUCCUGUUCCUCCUGUUAAUGAGCCAGAAACUUUAAAGCAACAGAAUCAGUACCAGGCUAGUUACAACCAGAGCUUUUCCAAUCAGCCUCAUCAAGUAGAGCAAACAGAACUUCAGCAAGAGCAGCUUCAGGCCGUGGUUGGUACCUACCAUGGUUCCCAGGACCAGUCGCACCAGGUGGCAGGUAACCACCAGCAGCCUCCUCAGCAGAACACUGGAUUUCCACGUAGUAGUCAGCCCUAUUACAACAGUCGAGGAGUGUCCCGUGGAGGAUCUCGUGGCACCAGAGGCUUAAUGAAUGGAUACAGGGGCCCUGCCAAUGGAUUUAGAGGAGGUUAUGAUGGCUACCGCCCUUCAUUUUCUAACACUCCAAAUAGUGGUUACACACAAUCCCAGUUCAAUGCUCCACGAGACUACUCUAAUUACCAGCGGGAUGGAUAUCAACAAAACUUCAAGAGAGGAUCUGGGCAGAGUGGACCACGAGGAGCCCCUAGAGGUCGUGGAGGGCCCCCAAGACCCAACCGAGGGAUGCCGCCAAUGAACACUCAGCAAGUGAAUUAAACCGGUUCACAGGAUUAUGUUUAAAACGCCAAAAACACACUGGCCAGUGUCCCAUAACAUGUUACCAGAAGAGUUAUUAUCUAUUUGUUCUCCCUUUCAGGAAACUCAUUGGUAAAGGGACUGUUUUCACCCCUAAAGACAGGACUAGAGUUGUCAGCUUUAUGUUACCUGGAUAUGGAAGGAAACAAUCUUUCCUCUGCAUGUUCUGUCCUAAGCGUCAUCUUGAGCCUUGCACAUGAUACUCAGAUUCCUCACCCUUGCUUAGGAGCAAAGCAAAACACACACACUUUUGGGGUGAUCAGAUCUCCAUGGUUAUUUGAUUGAAGUUGCUUGGAAAAAAAAAAGCAAGAUUGACUCAUUUUUGACAUUGGAUAAAAUCUGCAAAUCAGCCCUAGAGUUGUUGUUCUGAUGGUAAUUGAAAAAAACUAAAAUAUUUCCCACGAAAGGAAGAUGGAAGGAGUGGAGUGUGGUUUGGCAGAGCGACUGCAUUUCACAGCUUUUUCUGGUUUAAAUUGGAGCAAUGAACGUUAAGAUGCAUGGGUCCCUAAUUACACAAAUAAGGCUGACUACCAGCUUUGAUACAGCACUAUUCAUCACCAGGCCAAACUACUGUGGUUAAAAAUAUAUACAUAGAAAUUGCUUUGUAACAGCUGAUAAUUGUUAACGAGACAAAGCCAAAAAUGCAAAAUCAGGCUUUGAUUGGCACUUUAAAAAAAUGCAACAACUAUGGGAUGUAAUCUGGAUGGCCGCUUCUGUAUUUAAUGUGAAGUAUUUAGAUACUUUUGGAACCCAUUUAACAGUUUCUUUGAUAGCAAUGACUUUUGUAAGGAUUGGUACUAUUCAUUUAUCAUUCCUUAUGACAUGCACAUUGUCUGUCACUAAUACUUGACCUUGCUGUAUUGACACCUAAAUAAUUGGUACAGGUACUGAUGGAAAUCUCUAAUGGAUAAUCAGAACACUUUUGGUCACAUGUCUCUUUCUGCAGCCUCAAGGGUUUUAAAAGAAAAAGAUAUCAAAUGCCUGCCGCUGCCGCCCUUUUAAUUGCUAUCUUUUGAAAAGCACCAGUAUGUGUUUGGAUCGAUUUCCCCUUUUCAGGGAAAUGACAGCCAGCAGUUUUCAGUUCUAAUGGUAUAAUUAAAACAAAUAAAACGUGUUUAUAAAAAUGGUAUCCUGGAACACUGGUGUUGAGCAGCUAACAUGCGUGGUUGAGAUCAUGCAGUUGUUCAUUGUCUCUUUAAGAAUUUCAGUUCUAUUCCACUGAAGUUUUCUAGCAGCUUUUGUUGUAGUGCCCUGCAUUUACAAAUCACUUUGUCUCGACUAAUCCACAUUGAUGGAGUUCAGUUCUUUCCUCCUCCUGUCAUUGAUCUUAGCCACAGUUGCAAAUCUCUUCCGUUACAUAAGGAAUACCCCAGGCUUGCUGGAGGUUCCCAGCUCAGUAGUGAUUUAGCCUUUCUUGUGCCAUUUGGUGGAUCUCAUGCGUGCACUUGGAGUGCUAGCUGCACUUUGAUGUGCCUAUGGACUUCUCUGCUGCUUGCUGUGCGUCCCACUUUGGCUUCAUGUUGAAUUAAUCCCAUGUGUUAAAGCAAAGGCUGCUAAGUUAAAUGAUCCUUGUAGUCCAGAAACUGGAUUUUAUUUUCAGCCUUCAGCUCAGUAAUUUGACAAGUAGUUGUUCAGUUACUUUACUUUUUGAAACCAUUCUUAAAAUAUUCAUUGUUAGAAAACUGGAUUUUUGCUGACCUUGUAAUCGACUAAAAUGAUAGGCUAUUGAAGGACUCUUGAGAACAUUCCACAUUCAGAAGUUUUGUAAACGGGAUGGGGUUGAAGGGGAGGGGGGCUGGUCUUCAAUGUUUAUUUUAAAAUAAAAUAAGUUCCUGUCUUUUCUCA